AUGAACUAUGAAGAAUUUGGACUGGAAGCCUCUGACCUGAGUCUCGGGUAUAAGACAACUACCUCCCUGUUAACAGGAGGAGCCGGAGGUGGCUGCGGGGGGCUCCGGCCCAGGCAAAGGAAGGGGCGCAGGGGCGGAGGCGGAGAGCCGGGGACUGCAGAACCUACCCCAGAGCGGGACGCGAACCCGCUGAGUUGGGAGAAGAGCCUCAGCGCCCGGGAGCUGAGCACCGCUGCCCCCCGCGUGCAGCGCCCGCGUGCACCUAGCCCGAGAGGGGCGACAGGGCGGAAGGCAGUGGCCCCCGGAAGGUGUCUGGGACCCGGCCGGCUGCACGUGAGCCCAGCGCGGGGUCAUGUGCACCGGCUCAACCCGGUUCGUCGCCCGGACGUGCUGCGUACCAACAAAAUGAAACUCGGGGCGACAGGAGGGCAGUUAACUCUGGGUCCUCCGAACCCUCGUCCCCGGCCGCACGAUCUCCCCUUGGCACAGGUCUCCCGCUGCAGCCCCUCCGCCCAGCUCGAGCCGCGGGGCAAGUUGCAGCCCCUGCGCGCCCCCGCCCGCCCGCGCCCCCUAGCCUGCCCGGGGGCUCUUUGCCGCAGUCAUUAAUAAAGAAGGUCGCCAAACUCA